AUGUCUGUACAAGAGACAAGCUCCGCUAUCCACGCAAAGGUUGAUGCAUCCUCCUCUGAACUGAAAGCAGCUUCCUCUGAUGUCACCCACUCCUCAGUCCUUGCAGCAUCUCCUCUACAAUUCCUCAAGGGUUUCCUUCCUUUCCCAAGCAGAGGUGCCAAACUUAUAUGCCAGAGCAUGAAUGUGCUUAACCUUUCACCACUAUGCAUGCUCAGCACCUAA